GAGCCUGCCUCAAACUCCUGUCUGAAGCACACAGCACGACAGAUGGGCGAUUUGAAAUAUUUCUCCGUUUUGUCGCUGGUCUCUCCUCCCCACAGUCAGCUCGGGUCCUGGAGGAGUUUCUGGGUCCAUUUCCUAAUGAAACAUCCGGCCAAGUGAUUGACUGGGUGAAGGAGGAGGUUAAACGCCGGGCUGGAAACACAGAGAGUGACGCUGAUAAACGGAGCCUCCUGAACACGUUUCACUACCUGUUCGAGUCUCAGAAUCCUGCAUUGGCUCAGCAGACACUGGGAUCUGUGGAAACACUUUCAUUCUAUGAACUGGGACUGACGCCGAUUGACUUUGCGGUCAUGUCUCAUGUCAUCGGGAUCUGUGAUACAAUCAAACACCUCAAUCUGGAGGACUGCCGCAUUCAGUGUGAAGGUCUCCAGCGGCUGGGACCUGCUCUGCAUAAGUGUCAGUACUUGAGACUGGGUUUCAAUGACCUGGGAGAUUCUGGAGUGAAACUGGUAUCUGCGGCUCUGCAGAACCCGGACUGUAAAAUACAGACUGUGAGGCUGGCUUAUGUCGGUCUCACAGAUUCUGGAACCAAGGAUCUCGUCUCCGCUCUCAGUACAAACCACUCACUGAUGGAGCUGGACCUGAGUGGUAAUAAACUGGGAGAUUCUGGAGUGAAACUGGUGUCUGCAGCUCUGAGGAACCCGGACUGUAAAAUACAGAGUCUGUG